CGCGUUUCCGGUAGGGCAUCCGUCCAGGGAGGACCGAGCAGGGAGUGUCUGUUAGAAACUAAAAACAACGUCGAGAAGCCUGUUCCAACGACUCCGUCAGCAGGUCACCAUGGCAUCCAGCGGCAUGAGCAGUGAGGAGGAGAGGAGUUUGCGGGAAUGCGAGCUCUACGUGCAGAAGCACAGCAUCCAGCAGCUGCUGAAGGACUGCAUCGUGCAGCUGUGCACGUCCAGGCCCGAACGACCCAUGGCUUUCCUCAGAGAGUACUUUGAGAGGCUCGAAAAGGAGGAGGCGAAACAGAUGCUGGGCCAGCAGAAGUCUAACUCUCGCUCGGAUUCCAGAGAAGAUGAGAUUUCUCCUCCUAUGAACCCCGUGGUUAAGGGUCGUCGGCGUCGCGGUGCCAUCAGUGCCGAGGUCUACACUGAGGAGGAUGCCGCGUCCUACGUCAGAAAGGUCAUUCCAAAAGACUAUAAAACAAUGGCUGCCCUUGCUAAAGCAAUUGAGAAGAACGUGUUGUUUGCACAUCUUGACGAUAAUGAAAGAAGUGACAUAUUUGAUGCCAUGUUUCCAGUUAACUACAUUGCAGGAGAGACCGUCAUUCAGCAAGGGGAUGAGGGUGAUAACUUCUAUGUUAUUGAUCAGGGUGAAAUGGAUGUGUAUGUUAAUAACGCGUGGGUGACCAGUAUUGGCGAGGGGGGCAGCUUCGGUGAACUGGCCCUAAUCUAUGGCACACCAAGGGCAGCAACAGUCCGAGCCAAGAGUAAUGCCAAGCUGUGGGGUAUCGACAGGGACAGCUACCGGAGAAUACUCAUGGGAAGCACUCUGAGGAAGAGGAAGAUGUAUGAAGAGUUCCUCAGCAAGGUGUCGAUCUUAGAAUCUUUGGACAAAUGGGAGCGACUAACUGUGGCCGAUGCCCUCGAGACAGUGCAGUUUGAGGAUGGCCAGAAGAUCGUUGUUCAAGGGCAACCUGGAGACGAGUUUUUCAUCAUUCUUGAGGGAUCUGCAGCUGUGCUCCAGAGGCGCUCGGAGAACGAGGAGUUUGUGGAGGUCGGCAGGCUUGGACCCUCUGACUACUUUGGUGAGAUCGCUCUGCUCAUGAACCGGCCCCGUGCAGCCACUGUGGUGGCGCGUAGCCCUCUGAAGUGCGUGAAGCUCGACCGGCCGCGCUUCGAGCGCGUGCUCGGCCCCUGCUCAGACAUCCUCAAGAGGAACAUUCAGCAGUACAACAGCUUUGUCUCGCUGUCCGUCUGAGCCAGGUGCCUGCUAGGUUCGGUGCUCUGAUGUGGCUUCUACCCCAUCACACGUGUGGGUUUGCGAAUGUAUCGACUGGCAGAACAUCGGUCUUAGCUGGAGAGAUGGAAAGUCAACCGUUUUGCCACUGAGGCCUCUUCAGUGCGAAAGGGUUGAAACGUGCUGGUUAAUCAGGAACUUAUCUGGCUUCCAAAUAUCUUUUAUUUAAAAACAAAAACAACAACAAAAAAAACAAGCAAACAAAAUAUGGUGCGGUGAUUGUGUCAGGAGAAUCACUGUAAACGCGCAUUGUGUCCAUGUAGUACGUCAUAGGGAGCCGUUUUAAAGUGUUUGCAAUUUACAAGUAAUUUUCUUCAUCAUUUGACUAUAGUUAAGCCAAAGGCAAAUCUGUGUUGUGUAUGAGGUUUGUCAGUUACAUUAGUUUUUGUCAAGAGUACUGAAGUCACCAUACUUCCCAUGGUGAUCAGCUUUGCUUUUUUCUAGGCCUAGUUGCACAUAUAUAGCAUAUGUAAAUUAUUAUAUUGUACUAGAAGUAAAUGACCAUAACUGUA